ACGCGUUGAAUCAACUCGCGAUUCUGUUUAUUGUUUACUAGACGAAUGUUGUCUUCUUCCAGCAACGAUCAAUAAUCAAGACAUACUAUUUCCUUUCUUUGGAAAGGAAAUUCCCAAAGAAAUUGAGAUACGGUCUAUCGAUUUGGGAGAAUUAAACUCAUUUGUACUGAAAGUUUCAAUUACUCCAAUCAUUUACGCCUUGCCUCAUUUUGAACUUAUAAUAUAUAUUAUAUAUAAACGCAUACUUAUUUAAAAGCAGAGAUACGGGAUAUAUCAAAAAUGGAUUCUGUUUCUAUGACACCUAGUACACCGACGCGUUCAUCGUUUUCUUCUCUGGACGAGAAUAGACGUAAAAGGCCAUUGUUUACUGAAAAUGAGAGCAUCUUCAGCGAUUCCGUGUCUAAUGAGUCCUACUCACCUCAAUCGCAUGUUUACAAUGCUUCUACUUUUGAAGAAAGCCCACAUACGCCGUUGAUGAAUCCAAAGAAAAACGUUCGGCUAUCUACUACUUUAAGACAUGGGUUAUUCUCAAGAAUGGAUAUCACCAACGAAAAAAAACCACCGGGACUCCUUUCUAGUCUCUUGGACUGUAAAAUCAAAGAUCGUGAUCAACAAUCAGAGAACAUUACACCUUUAGAUAAACAACAAAAGAGCUUUUCCGGUCCCUUUAGUACAGGGCUCUUAUCGAAACGUGAGAAGCAAAUGUUAUGGGAAGUCAAUUCAACCAAUCCGAAAAGUGAACAACCUCAUACACCCUGUAAACGUACUUCUCAUAUGAGUAGCGGCUAUCCGGAAUCCCCAACAUCCCCAUCUUCUCUACUGCUUCGCCGAAAGUGUCCUGGGCCUGAUUUUUUGCAAUGCCUGAAGCCCGAAAAUUCGUCUUCUGAAGAUUUAGAAGACAGUGUUGACAUGUUAUCCUUGCCAACGUUUUCAUGUGGUUCAGAUGAUUUUUUAAAUACUUAUAAUACGCCAAACAAGUCUCAAGCAAUUUUUCUACAUACUCCUCCUACGACAGGGUGGAAAGAAGAUGAGGACGAGGAUGACUCAUCAUCGUUAAGUUGGACACCGACGAGUCCAAACUUUUUUAGCACAACGAGCCAUGAGGAAUUUAACGAUGCCAAUCGGUGUACUGAAAUGCUGUAUGGCCGGUUUUCUCAGGUGAAAUUACUGAGCGAAAGUGACUUCUCCUAUGUUUAUAAAGUUUCAAAAAUGGCUGAUCUCCAAAAAGAUUUCUCCAUCGUGAAAAUCGUGAAGAGGAAAGGUAAUAGUUCUAAGGAAACUAUGCGACAAAUCCAGGAAGCCAACAUCCUACGACAGGUACGCGACUGUCCACGCAUUGUUAACAUGGAUGACUUUUGGGAAUAUAAUGAUCAACUAUUUCUUCAACUAGAAUACUGUGAGAAUGGCGAUUUAGGUACCUUUUUAACUGAACUGGGUUUAAUGCAAGUACUGGACGCUUUCCGUGUUUGGAAAAUUCUAUUACAGUUGAGCCAGGGUUUAUACUAUUUGCACAAGCUCGGUGUUGUACAUCUAGACGUUAAGCCUUCGAAUGUGCUUAUUACCCGCGAAGGUAAUCUUAAGAUUUCCGACUUUGGCUUGUCUUCAAGUCUUCCUGUUUCUUCUUUAACAGACCUUGAGGGAGAUAGAAUGUACAUAGCACCUGAGGUACUGAUGAUGCAUGCCUAUGACAAGCCAGCCGAUAUUUUUUCCUUGGGUCUUAGCAUGAUCGAAGCCGCGACAAAUGUGGUUCUUCCAGACAACGGUGUUGAAUGGCAACGGCUACGCUCAGCCGAUUUUUCUGAUCUGCCAAAGCUAACGCAAUUCUUGACACCAGAGGAGCAGACUCUCCCAUCAAAGAUGGCUUGUGCCGAAUCUCUAGAGAAAAUGCUUAAUAGAAUGAUAGCUCCAAAUCCAGAAGAUCGAAUUACGGCUGAACAGCUACUAAGCACAGAUGAAAUUGGAUAUGUGCAUGCAGAAUCUAAAUUACCCGCUAUUAUUUUUGAAAACCAAUCUUCCUGGCUCGGCACCCCUCAUUAAGAUUGUCGAUAUAAAAGCUCGAAUUCUCUCGUAAAUCUUUUGCGUGACAAACCUUUACUGAAAUACGGUUUCCUUAAGUCUACAUUCAGGUUCGUUUCUAAUCCUUUUAAAGUUUCUUGACAUGAUACUCUUCUUUUCUGGCGAUUCUGCUUUCCACUAACCAAAAGAUUUUUUCUUAUUGCGUACAGAACAGAAGUAUACGAAUUAGCAUCUCAUCUACUCCUCAGUAUAUUUUAUUCUUUCUUUAAUCACUUACUUUUAAUGUCCGGUCUCAUUUAUUUUAUUUAUUCUGUUGGAUUCUAUUAUACCCGCGACAACAUAUUUACAUCUCCACUUUAAGGGUUCUAAUGUUAUAUUGUUCCUUCCUUCCUCUGAUACCUUCUUUAUAAUACGAAUUUACACUUUCCUAGAUUCGUUUCAAGCAUCAAUAAUACAACGUUUACCUAGUAAAUAUUGCAUAAAUUUACUCUAUUUGUUUUCUGUUCUUAAAAUUCAUUAUUCCUCAGUAUUACCACA